AUGGUGCUUAAAAAUCAAUCAAUAAAUGGGGGAGUGGAUUGGAGAUGCCCUCUCACAACCACAGGAGACUAUCAGGUCAACGCUUUGAGGAAAAAAUUGGAUAAUUGCAUUCAAGUUAAUAUUGGAAGAUUUGAAUGGGUGAAAGAGGUCCCGAUUAAAGUAAAUACUUUUAUCUGGCGUGCAAAACAGGGUAGGAUUCCAACUACAGAAGCCCUAGCGACAAGAGGGGUCAAUGUGAAUUCUACAACCUGUUGUCAUUGCGGUGAUGAAAAAGCUAACUAUGAACCCUACAUUUCAAAUCGGGGAUUAUGA